CUCGACACAGUGCUUCUGAAGCAGCGUGUUGAUCUUUUUGACACACGCACCGGAGCGUCAGCUUCAAGCGGACCAUCACUACCUCUCACGUCUAAAGCUGAUCAGCAGGCGGAGAAGAGUCUGACGGAGCAGCAGACGAACAUUUUCAGCUACUUGGACUCAGCUCAGCCACUACAGAGAAAACAAUGAGCUCAACACAGAAGGACCAACAUGGAGCGAGAAGUCAGCGCUCUCAGGAGGCCGACAAACCUCACAGAAGAAAGCGAGAGAAAACAUACACCUGUGACGAGUGUGGGAAGAGUUUUACUGGGAAGAAUUCACUAAAACAGCAUCAGGUCAUCCACGCUGGAGAGAGACCGUUCAGCUGUGACUUGUGUGGAAAGUCUUUUUCCUUGAAGGGUCACCUAAAACAACACCAACUGAUCCACAGUGGAGUUAAAGCGUACAGCUGUGAUCAGUGUGGCAGAGCUUUUACUCGCAGUAGCCACUUACAGAGUCAUCUAGUUACCCACUCUGGAAUUAAGGCAUACACCUGUGACGAGUGUGGGAAGGAGUUUACUGGGAAGGCUUCACUAAAGCAUCAUCAGGUCAUCCACACUGGAGAGAGACCGUUCAGCUGUGACUUGUGUGGAAAGUCUUUUUCCAGGAAGGAUUCCCUAAAAAAACACCAACUCAUCCACAGUGGAGUUAAAGCGUACAGCUGUGGUCAGUGUGGCAGAGCUUUUACUCGCAGUAGCCACUUACAGAGUCAUCUAGUUACCCACUCUGGAAUUAAGGCAUACAGCUGUGACAUCUGUGGUAAAACUUUCAGCCAGAGAGGGUACCGAAAUAUACACCUACGCAUUCACACCAGACAUGAUGUGUACUGCUGUGAACAGUGUGGCAAAUACUUUGCUACAGACACACUGUUACAACAACACAUGUUUACCCACACUGAGCGACGACCUUAUAAAUGUGACCUGUGUGAGAAGGCUUUUAAAUCUCCACAUUACCUGAGAGGACACCAACAGAUCCACACCAGAAAGAGACUCUACAAGUGCAGUUACUGUGAGAAGCAGAGCGACACAGAUGGAUCCAGUUCUCAACCCUGUCAUCACUGUGGUGGUGGGAAAGACUUUCUUUGUGACCUUUGUGGAAAAACUUUCAGUUGGCAAGCCGCCCUAAAAAUACAUCAACGUAGACACACUGGAGACAAACUGAAAUACUGCAAAGAAUGUGGGAGAAGCUUCACCACAUCACAUCACUUAAAACAACAUGAACUGAUUCACAGUGGGGUUAAAAAGCACCUCUGUGAUCAGUGUGGGUCAUCCUUCACCACGGCAGGUCAGCUAAAAACACACAAACGAGUCCACACAGGAGAGAAACCAUACAAGUGCAGACACUGUGACAAAAGCUUCUCACGAUCAAGUAGUUGUAACUAUCAUGAACGUACACACAUGGAAGGAAACUACAGCUGUGACCAGUGUGACAAGAGCUUCAGGAAUCUCAGUUCAUACUCUGAACACAAACGAUCCCACGUUACUAAUAAACUGUUUCACUGUUACCAAUGUGCCAAAACAUUCACCUCAUUGUCUGCUCUGUGCAAACAUCAGCGUGAUCACUCAGGGCUGAAAUCACUCCCAUCACUGGAUCACAGUGAAUCUGAAGAGACAGAAAGAUCCUCUGGUUUCAGUGUCAGACUCAAGAAGCUUGAGAUCAGGCUCCACAGAGUUCAGAUAGAAUCAUUUAAACUUGUGUUGAACUGAACUGGUUGCUGGGCUGAACUUCUACAUAAUACAGAUUUACAUGGGAUCUUAUUUUCUGUCGUUUUACUGAGUCCGUUUUGUCCUUCUUUCUCUCUCCUAGUUUUGCUCGUCUGUAAAUAAUUGAAACUCAGUCAAAUAGUUCAUUGUUCUCCAGGAAAACAUUUUGGAAACUCAUGUUUAACCUUUAAAACUCUGACAUGUUUUAGCACACAAGGCUUCAUCGGGGAGUUCACACAUGAUUGGACCAUGAGAAUAAAGGUUUUUAGUUCUUUCAAAGAGAGUCUUGGAGCUGUUUGAUAUUUUUUGUUUUUUCUGAAACCACCUGAAAGAAAAACUAUUUUUCUUGCUUUAUGUACUGUGGAAGUUUUUAAUGUGUCUUUCAUCUGUGA